AUGGGUCGCCCGAAGCGUGAUAUACGCGCAGCAGCGGAGGAGUCAACGACACCCCCAGACGAGCUCGCCGCCAACCAGUCGCUAGCUCGCGUCAUCAAAGCAGAGGGUAACAGCCUCUAUAGCUGCUCCUUGCCUGACAGCCGCACCGUGCUGGUAGAGCUUGCUGCUCGCUUCCGCAGCACCAUCUGGAUCCGACGGGCGGGUUAUGUCCUCGUCGACCUCACGCCUAUCAAGGAAGUGAAGGGCAAAGUGGAAGGCGAGAUCGUCAAUGUCGUCCGCGAGGAGAGAGAAUGGCGCAAGAAAAGCUACUGGCCAAAGGAGUUCACAAAGACCACUCACUAUGACGAGGAAGAUUCGGACUCCAAUGUUGGCAAGAUGCCACCUUCUGACUCGGAGGAAGAGGACUGA